AAGGAAUAAAAUGUGAUUGCUCUCAGUUGAGUUUCACUUUCGUGUCGUCGGUUCGUCAUCUCUUGUUCCUGAAGACUCAACAACAAAAUGGCGAAGUACAUGGUCGUGGGGGAGAUCUCCACAAUGAGUGCCGCACUACGACGAGCCAUGCGGUACUCACAUCAGAACGAACAUCUCGAAGAGUUGAUCAAAAGUUUCUCCUCGCUAAAAGAUAUUCUCAGUCGUCAAAGCGAUCUUUCGGAUCUGGAACCUUCGAUAUAUUUCUCGCCGUUCCUCGACGUUGUUCGUUCCGGAGAUACCAACGGAACCAUAACCGCCAUGGCUCUCACGGCUGUAACGAAAUUCCUACAAUACGGCCUCAUCGAUCACAAUUUGGAAUCAGCCGCCGCGACAGCCGAACAGAUCGUCCAUGCGAUGAAGAAGAUCAGCUACAUCACGGAGGAUGCUGCGUCCGACAAGAUCGUUCUCAUGAAAUUUCUGCGAGCGAUCCGAAGUCUGCUGCUGAGCCAAGUCGGCUGCCUCCUCAGCAACAGCGGCGCCUGUGAGCUCAUUCAGGCCAUCAUCAAGAUCAUAUUCGAUCCUGGCUUCGGAGUUUCGUUGAAAGAAAUGGCCGAACAAACUUGGGGAGAAGUUGUACAGCUGAUGUUCGCCAGACUUCCGCAGUUCUCCGAAGACGUCGAAGACCUGCAGCUCAAACAAUUGCGCAUAAAAGGCACCAUCGACUUACGUACUCAACGUCGCCGUAGCGCUCAUACGAAGCAUAAGCAUACGAAGUCGAAAGAAGCCGACGAUUUGCCUUUCAACAUUGGAGAGGCUCGCGAAGAUGCCAAGAGUGUGACGAACCCCAUCACCGUGCCUCAGGAGAUUCCGCAAGUACAGAACGUCGAGGAGAACGUCCAGCCACCUGAAACCGUCGUAGAGGAGCCGGAGACGCUGGAGAAACAAAUCGGAGCAGAUUCCACGUCUGCGGAGCCCAAACCCGACGAGUCGAGCUUGAGCGAUAGCGUCGAGGUCCUAUCCGGAGACCAAAACAUCCAAGAAUGUCACGUAAUGAACUUGGGUGGGAGCGUGAAUUCCCUUGACGAAGUUGGUCAGAGCGAAGAAAUCGUGAACGAUGGCAGUGCG